GUUGAGCUCAAAAUAGUGCCGUUCCCCUUUAAAUCAGGCAGACUAGUAGAUUCUCGAGAGCACCGAUGACACAGUUAGAUUCACUCUGUACACAGAUACAGAGGGACUGAGGACUCUGCCUGUUAUUUCAUGCUGGCCUCUGAGGAUCUUCUGAAGCUUCGUUUAUUGAUGUUUGUUCGCAGACACGAUGGAUUUUAGUGUGAAGAAGCUGGCCUCUGAUGCCGGAGUGUUCUUCUCUCGGGCCGUGCAGUAUACCGAAGAGAAACUGGGUCAGGCAGAGAAGACUGAGUUGGAUGCUCAUUUUGAGAGUUUACUUGCCCGAGCUGAUUGCACCAAAAACUGGACUGAGAAAAUCUACAGACAGACAGAAGUUCUGCUACAGCCAAACCCAAGUGCCAGAAUUGAGGAAUUCCUUUAUGAAAAACUUGAUCGGAAAGUCCCAUAUCGAGCCACCAAUGGAGAAAUACUGGGGCAGUAUAUGCUUGAGGCAGCCAAAGAGUUUGGACCAGGAACACCCUAUGGAAGUACCUUGAUUCAGGUGGGCGAUUGCCAGAGGAGACUGGGAGGAGCAGAACGAGAGUUUCUGCAGACGUCGUCCAUUAGCUUCCUCACACCACUGCGGAACUUUCUGGAGGGGGACUGGAGGACCAUAACAAAAGAGAGGCGGCUCCUGGAGAACCGGCGACUAGAUUUAGAUGCCUGUAAAGCCAGGCUAAAGAAGGCCAAAGCAGCAGAAGCUAAAGCAGCUUGUGAGGGAGAAGCGGUGCCAGACUUCCAGGAGACCAGACCACGUAAUUAUGUGCUGUCUGCCAGCGCCUCAGCCCUCUGGAGCGAGGAGGUGGAGAAAGCAGAGCAGGAGUUGAGGGUGGCUCAGACAGAAUUUGACCGACAAGCUGAGGUCACAAGGCUGCUGCUGGAGGGCAUUAGUAGCACACAUGUGAAUCACUUGCGAUGUCUACAUGAGUUUGUUGAAGCCCAGGCCACUUAUUACAGCCAGUGUCACCACUUUAUGCAGGAACUACAGAAAGAACUGUCCAGUGCUAACGGAGAUGUAAGGUAUCCAAAUUCAUUCGUGGUGAACCCUAGAUCUGUCAGAAGCCCCUCUGCUGACCCCUCCUCUGCUUUGCCCAUAAACUCUUUAAGCCCAGACACGGAGCCCCUUCAGAUUGAGGAGGUGCAGCCGCCUGCCAGCGGUACACGCAAAGCUAAAGUCCUGUACGACUAUGACGCUGCCGACACCAGUGAACUCUCGCUCUUGGCAGAUGAGCUCAUUACAGUGUACACAGUGCCAGGCAUGGACUCUGAUUGGCUGAUUGGAGAACGAGGAAAUCAGAAAGGGAAGGUGCCUGUCACAUACCUGGAGCUUUUGAGCUAAAGAAGCUAAAAAGGAUGCAAAUACAUCUAUACAUAAUUACAUGCACUAACAUAGUUAGAAAUAGAUCCAGACAUGGACUCAAUUUCAUACUUCUGACUAAGAACUUUUUUGUUGAGGGUUUGAUCUGUUUUGAUGUUAAGCUUAGUUUACUGGCUCUCAGCAGCAAUGAUUACACAGUUCUGGAACUAGGUUAAAACAUUUUAUCCCAUGAUCAUGAUACAGUGACAUCACAAGCCAUUCAGGGCUUUUCCUACCAAACACACUUUUGCUAAACCAUUCAGACCAAAAAAGCUGACUUGUGCACUAAUGGGUUAUCUCUGAUAGAUUUCAGCAUUGCAACUAACAUUCCAACAAGACCAUUUCAGUCAGGAUCAUCACAGCCAAAAUAUGGAAGCCAACAAUUAUCUCACGCCAAGUGCUUGAAUUUGAAAUCUCCAGACCUUUAUGUAGAUAUAUGCCUGCCAGUGAAUUUCUGUACUAGAAAAUACUGGACCUAUUAGUCCAUCCAGUCCAGUCCAUACCUUCACUUCUUCCUUCACAGUUUAAUCCACUCUGAACUUCUUCAACUAAACAGACACUCAAGUGGUUAUAGGUCAAGUCUAAAUGCAAACAUUGUUUACAUUGGCAAUCCCAGAUAAUUUUCUGAAAUUUGAUAAGUUUUCUUCAGAUGUUGAGUGCUAUCCCUUAUGAUAUUCAUGAUUUCUCUUAUGAAUUUUGUCUCCUUACUUGGAAAUGAAGUUGGGGCCAUAUUCUUUUAAGCAUUCAAGUAAGUCCUAUUUAAGCUGGAUUUGUUUUACCUGGGGAGGUGCUGUAUUACUAACAAGAUCUGUGAUUUUUUAAAUUCAGUGUGAAUAAUAAUAAUAAUAAUAAUAAUAAUAGUAAUAAUAAUAAUAGUAAUUUGCUUAACGCAGAGCUCAGUAAUGGUAGUCCUAUUUACUAGCCUAAUGCUAGUCUAUAUGCCAUUUAGCCACAGAAUGUGUUGUCAUUGUUCAGAAGUGUGGAGCCUGUUGCAUAAUACUGAUGUAAACAUUCAGCAUUGAUAUAUCAAUCUGGCCUAUUUGUGGUAAUUUGCAGAAAUUUCACAGAUCCUUUAUGCUGUAUGAAUCCAAUCACACACAAAUUACAUUACUGGACCUUCUCUGGUAAAAAUAAUCCAGCUUUAGACUAAGAUGGCCAUUAAUGCUUCCACUCAUAAUGAGCAGGAUUGCUGUGAGAGAGAGAUGUUGUGCUGGAAGCUAUUAGUAAGGUAUUGCUACACAAUCUGCGUCCCUUGCCUAAUUUGCACCACGCAUGUGCACCAUUGUCACGGACCCACAGGGAGCAUUACUUUUUUUAGCCCCAGCUGACAGUACCUGAUCUGUACUGCAAAUGUGUAAGCAUGGCAGUUUAGAAUUGUAGUUGAGCCGUAACAAAAUGACCUUAUUCUUCAGUAGUAAUUACCUAUGCAUUUUGCACUUGCUCAGUUGGCAAGCUAUUCUACAUGUUUAUUAGUGAAAACACAGAGCUAUAAGAUGUGUUUAUCAACCUGAGUGGUCUUGCUUUGUGUAUUGCAGCAUUCUUAGCCUGUAUAGGUGCUACAAUAACAAUAGCAUGAACAAAGCUGGGCAAAAUAUAGGCUCAACAUCGUAGCAAGGCUUCAUAUUCCAUAUGUAGUACACAUUACAUAGGUUAUUAUAUAACUGCUUCUGCACACAAAAAGUGCAUUAUGUGUCUUAACAAAAAGCCAUUUAUGUUCAGUUGCAGCUGCAAAACAUCCAGUCCAACAUUUAGUGCAACAUUUGGGUGUUGAAGCUUCAUGACCUCUGCAGCGCACUAUAUAGGGAAUAAGGAGCCAUUUGAGAUUCAGUCAGACAUGCUCUCAUGCUAAACUAAAAUGAUAGUAACAUUGAGCAGGUUUUUGUCCACAUCCCUCACCUCUUCCUUUGCUCUAAACUAAAUGUUUUCAGUCAUAGAAAAAAACAUAAUACUACAUAGUGUUAACCUAGGAAAGAGAAUGAGACUGCUAAGUAGUGGUUUCAGCAUUAAACACUACAAGCUAAUCUGCAUACAGGAAACAGAUCAGGCAGCAUCGCAAAACAUAGUGCAGUUUACACAAGUGACAGUGGUGCACAUAUGUGGUGCAAAUCUGGCUGGGGACGCAGAUCAGGUAGCGGCAGAAGAGUAUAUGUAGACACAAUCAGAAGUAAGCAACAAACAAGAAGGAAAUUUCUAAAGUAGCUUUAAACCAUUGCUGUAAAACAUGCUUUAGAUGUUCAUAAAUACAUCAGUACCUGUUACAGAGAGCAUUUUGGUGGAAGACUUAACAAGGCUUAAAGGAAUAGUCUGGGGAAAACUCAAAUUUGCUCAGUUUCUCCCUUAACCCAAAUGUAAUCAGUCAGCCAAGACAAGCAUUAUGUGGUAUCUGACACUGUGUCUUUACAAAUGGACACAGGUAUGUUCCAAAGCUAAAAGCAUUCAUUGCCCCAUCUUGAAGUCUGAAAUUUGCCCGUACAUCUGUUUUUUGUCUUGGCAAGUAUGUCUUGGCUGAUCAAUUAAGUUAGCGGAAAGAUUCUGUUUUUUUCGGCUUCUCGUCCUGAUUUUUUAGCAAGUUUUCUCCCCAUUUCCAAAGUGAGGUUGCUAGCUAGGCCUUCCCCAAUAACACAAUGCUACCAAGCUGAGAGUGUGAAAGCUAAUACAUGCUGCCUCCAAGACGGAGGUAAAGGUGUGAAGCCAGCCAUCUUUUCGAACUGCUGCUAACACACAGAUGGUGUAAAUGUAAUAUUCUUUUAAAACAACGUUGCAUUAAAAUCAAACAAAAAGACGUGCUAAAGUUGAACGCAAAACAACCAGAUUACAUCUCCACACUUGACUAGCUACAAGCUUGUAAUAAUAACAAGCUUACAAUUGUUAGCAUGGCUAACUGGCUAAGGCAUAACCAAGCAAACAAAUUUUAUCAGCAGGGUAAAUACACAUUUAAUAACCUUUUAACUAUGUAAUGAAAACCAGAUGACAUUCUGUUGAUUUCAAAUGCCUUUUAAAACUACUGUUAGAAAGCAGAAUACAGAGUGUCAGAGUGUGUGUAGUUUGAAAUUUUUGAAACGUGUGGUUGUUGAAAUUUGCUUGGUUGUUAUUAGACUGCUUUGUGACGAGGUCUAGUUAUGGACUAAACUUGUUUCUAGAGAUUUUCCAUUGAAGUGCUUUGGUGGUCCAUACCUAGAGAAGGAUUUUGAAAACUUGUUAAAGGUUUGAAGUGAGACAUUUUUGACAUAAUGAUGAAUUUUCAAACAAGGUACAAAAUCAAGCAUAGAAAUAGCCUUCAGCAAAGAUGCCAAGUAACCAUCAGUAAAGAUGUCAAAUGUUAUGCUCAGUGUCAGCAUGCUGCCUGUAACUAACUUACUGUUAAGGAAUCCUUAUGAAUCAUUUUUACGUACUCACAGAAUAUUAAUGUGUUGUGGUUCAGAUUGUUUUGCAUUGUUUUGUAUGUUGCCACAUUCCAUUUUACAUCGUGUUUGUUUUUGUGCAAAAAAAUGUCCCUAUAGCAGCAACAGGCAGCUAUUGCAGAUGAUUCUCUCUUGUCUGCGAUUGAAGUAGACUAAUUUGAAAGCAGUGUCAGUUGUAGUAGUCUGAUAUCAGUUAGCGCCGAUAUCAGUGUCUCUCCAUGUUAUUUUUAUUUGAAGCACCUCACAGGAGUUUUUGUCCAGCAGAUGCUUCUGUAGCUAUGAACUAGAAAAUUGUACAUUUUACAUUAUACAGUGUAUUUCUUGAGACAGGUGGCCAUUUUCUGGCUGAUGGAUAUAUAAGUUCUUGCUGGUCAUGAUGUUUGUUGCGAAAAUUCACUCCCUGAUGGACAAAGACUCUGCUUUAAAGUUAUUUUUAAGCUGUUACUGUUAAGGCUGGAUGGCUUUAGCAUGAAGUUAUGUAUUGUCAGAUGACGUGUAUUGGGUAUGUUAAGGAAAAGACAUGCAGUACUGUGUUACAGUCAGAGACUAUUUUUCUUAGUUUCCAGUUAAAGAUAAUCAUAAUGAUGGGGAAAAUCAAAAGAAGUGGAAAAACAGGAGUUUCCAAAAGAGCUCAAAAAAAUGAUUAAAAGCUAUAGAGUAAAUAAGACUUCUACUAGCCACACAAUUCUUAGUAGACCACCAAAACGUUUGACCAUUAGGUCAAACAUCACUUAAAGCUUUCAUCUUUGAGUUAUAGGAGAAAAUCAAGCUCCAUUCUUUCUUCAAAUCUGAAAAAUCUACAGGUUUUUCUGUUCAUCCUUCUACUGUGAGAAGACAACUCAACGCUAUGGGUUUGGAAGGAUCUAUAACUGUCAAGAUGCCAUUACUAAGAAAACAGACAAAAAAAAUGCAAAUCUGGCAAAUAAACUGUUUAUGUGCUCCGAACAAUGGACUGACCACUCCGGAGUCCAGACCUCAACAUCACUGAAUAUGUUUAGGAUUACGUGGAUCAUGAGAAGCAGGAAAUGCAUCCAACUUCUAAGACUGAACUUAAUAAGACUGAACUGAACUUAAUGGAAAAAUAUUCUUGCAGAUUUCUUAAAAAAGGAAAGCCUUCUGAAAAGAGUGGGAGUUGUAAUAAAGGCAAAGAGUGGACACACUAAAUACUGAAGAAGUUUAAAUUAUAUUUAGUUGUUGAGGCUUCUGUUAAAAAAUAUAUUCUCUGCUUUUUUUCUUGGCACUGAAAAAUAAAUAAUUCGUACUUAAUAGGCCAUUAUGACUACAAAUGAAAUAAAUAAAGAGCGGUCUCUGAUUUUUGCACAGUACUGUACAUUUUAGGAGAUUUCUUUUAAUAAGUACAGUAUCAUGCUAUUUAUAAUUAGCAUUAUUGUCAUUUAGUUUGCAUUAUUGUGUUUUAUUGUAUUUGUUGCCACUUUUAAUGCUUUUGUUUUGUGGCCAAAGAUUCAAAUGAACAAGAAACUCUUCAUUGCCUUUAUUCUUAUGUAAUAAUGCCUUUGCAGCUGCUUUUGUGUAACUCAGAUAUGUUUGUAUAGUGUGUAAGAAAUAUUGGAUGGAAGAAGACCAUGUUAGGUUACUAAGAGAGCCAAUGGUGCCUGUCUGCUGUGCUGCUAACUCACUCCCUCUAUUGGUCAACUGUUGUUUCUUUUCUUUUUCUUUAUCUUUACCCUAUUGCCUUUCUCUCCACUUGUAUUUAUUGCCUGCUCCUUAUGCCAUGUGGAGAGGAAAAAAGCUUAAAGGAAUGUAAUAAAAAUAAUCUGUAUUGAAAACCUAA